UUGAGGAAGUUUGGAUGAAACUUUUACCUGCUUCAUCAAGCAGCUCGUCUACCUGAACAGGUGAGAGUCUGCUCCACGUCACCUCAGGAAGCCUUUCUAACACCAGAAAAUCAGAAAUGAUGUCAACAUCAGACCUGGAGCAGCUGGCAGAAAUAGAGCUGCAGAAGGAGGACGAGGAGGAGAAGGAGGAGGAUCAGAGCUGUGUGACAGACGCUCCUUCACCUCCUCACACCAGAAUCACUCCAGAUCCUUCUCACCCGUUCUAUGACGUGGCUCGACACGGCAUCAUACAGGUCUCCGGAGACGAUAAAUAUGGUAGAAAGUUGAUCAUCUUCAGCAGCUGCUGUUUACCUCCAUCACACCAGCUGAACCACCAACGGCUGCUGGACUACCUGAAGUUCACUCUGGACCAGUACGUGGAGAACGACUACAUCCUGGUCUACUUCCACUACGGCCUGAGGAGCAGCAACAAGCCGUCCCUCAAGUGGCUCCGACAAGCGUACGGAGAGUUCGACAGGAAAUACAAGAAAAACAUGAAAACUUUAUACGUUGUUCAUCCGACAAACUUCAUCAGAAUCGUUUGGAACAUUUUCAAACCUCUGAUCAGUCAUAAGUUUGGGAGGAAGCUGACGUAUGUGAACUACCUGGAGGAGCUGAGAGAACAUCUGAACUACGAGCAGCUCAUCAUCCCUCCAGACGUGAUCAGACAUGAUGAGAAGUUGCGAGCUGCUCAGAAAGGCGGCCCCCCUCCCUCGGUGAAGACCCCGCCUCCUCGCCCCCCACUGCCCACACAGCAGUUCGGAGUCAGUCUGCAGUACAUCAGAGAGAAGAACCGUGAUGCGCUGAUUCCACCCGUCAUCUCUCAGACCGUCACCUACCUGAAGGAGAAAGGUGUGAGGACUGAGGGGAUCUUCAGACGUUCGGCUCGUGUUCAGCUCAUCAAGGACGUUCAGAAGCUCUAUAACCUCGGUAAGCCGGUGAACUUUGACGAGUACUCAGACGUCCACGUCCCCGCGGUGAUCCUGAAGACGUUCCUCAGAGAGCUGCCGGAGCCGCUGCUCACCUUCAGACUGUUCCCCCAGGUCCAGGAGCUGCUGGGUGUGGAGAGCAGCCUGAGGGUCAGCAGGUGUAAACAGAUGGUUGAAAGUCUUCCUGAACAUCAUUUCAUCGUAGCGAAAUACCUGCUGAGCUUCCUCCACAUGGUGUCUGAGGAGAGCAUCGUGAACAGGAUGAGCUCCUCUAACUUGGCCUGUGUGUUCGGGGUGAACCUGCUGUGGCCUCGUCACGGCUCCAUCUCCCUCACCGCGCUGACGCCCAUCAACAUCUUCACCGAGAUCCUGGUGGAACAUUUCACCACCGUGUUCGGCUCCCGCUGCCCCGCCGCUCAGGUCACGCCAUGAGGACGCCAUGAGGACGGCAUGAGGACGCUCUGAGGACGCCAUGAGGACGCCCUAAAGACGCCAUGAGGACAGCAAACUUUGAUUUUUUUCUUCUUCUUUUUUGCACUACCUUUUUUGGUCUUUUAAAAAUAUAUAUUGUUACAAUACUGUUAUUAAAAAUAUUUUCACUAUAUUUUUUGUCCUUUUUAAAAAAAAAUAUUUUCAUAAUAUGUUUUUGUCCUUAUUUUGAAAAUGUUUUAACAAUAUUUUUUUGAAAAUAUGUUUUUGUUCUUUUUUUGAAAAUAUUUGUACAAUACUUUUUUGAUCUUUUUAACAAAUAUUUUUACCUUUUCUUCGUCUUUUUUUUUUUUGCGUUUUUUUUCUGCUGUGGAUAUUGAUGGAGGGAUCAUCCUCUGGGUACAAAGACUUUUUUCUCUCCUGCCACCAUCUGGAUGAAAUCAUGAAAUCUCAACAUCUACAAGAGAAAACAAGAAAUCUAAAAGUCGUAUUCCCAUGAAACUGAAAGAACAUUCCUCCUGCUCCCCAGAGGACGAACCUCCAGGCUGAACACAUUUUUCUGCAGAAUUUCAACGAUGUUGAGCUUAAAAAGCUUUAAAAAUCUUCUGUACGGACUGUUUUUAAUGUUUUUUAAUGUUGUAAUGUUUCCCUGGCCUCUUAGAGUCCCGGCUUUUAUUGCAUGUUUUGUGUACGAUAUUGUCCUAAAAUGUUUGUUUUAUUUCUUAAUGACUUGCCAUUUUUGCAGUUAUAUGUAUGUAUAUUACAAUUUGUUGAGCACCUUUUAUUAUGUCUGGCCUUGAAAGAUAGUUUAUAAUUAUUGAUAUUUGAAACAGUACACAGCUUCUACGUCAGACUGCACAACUUAGUGAUUCUGCAGGAUAACUCCGUGGUCAUAAAGUCAUUUUUAGCAUUUUAUCCCUUAAUUGGUGUUUUACUGUCAAUUCUGGACAAACUGUACAACUGAUAUGUAUUAACACACUGUAAUAAAGUCAUUUUUAGCAUUUUAAAAUUUUACAAUUUUUACAAAAAAACGACAUGCUAUAGUAUGACUUUUUGUCCAAUUUUGGACAUCCGAUAAGAUUACUUUUUUUCUGUAAUUUCUGGACAAACUAUAUAAUAUGUUUCAACAGAUUAUAUUAAAGUCAUUUUGAACAUUUUUAGGCAUUUUAAAAUUUCACCAUUUUUGUAAAAUUUUUGGACAUCCCAUAAUUGGUGUUUUUCUGUCAUUUCUGGACAAACUAUACAACUAAUAUGUAUAAACGUACUAUAAUAAAGUCAUUUUCUGCAUUUUAAAAUUUCAAGAAUUUCAACAAAAAACGACAUGCUAUAGUAUGACUUUUUGUCCAAUUUUGGACAUCCGAUAAGAUGACUUUUUUUCUGUAAUUUCUGGACAAACUAAUAUGUUUCAACAGAAUAUAUUAAAGUCAUUUUAACAUUUUUAGGCAUUUUAAAAUGUCACCAUUUUUGACAAAAAAAUUACAUGACUUUUUUGUUUUUGUCGAUUUUUUGGACAAACUAUGUUCUAAUAUGUAUAAACAGACUAUAAUAAAGUAAUUUUCUGCAUUUUUAGGCAUUUUAAAAUUUCACCAUUUUUGUCAAAAAACGACAUGCUAUAGUAUGACUUUAUGUCCAAUUUUGGACAUCCGAUAAUAUGGUUUUUGUGUAAUUUCUGGACAAACUAUGUUCCAAUAUGUAUCAACAGACAAUAAUAGUCAUUUUAAGUUUUGACAAAAAACAACAUGCUAUAGUAUGACUUUAUUGUACAAUUUUGGACAUCUCUAAAUAUGGUGUUUUUAUGUUAUUCUGGAAAAGCCAGAAUAACCCUACUACAGGAAUCAACAGGCUGUAAUAGGACCAUUUUGAGAGUAUCGGGACAUUUAAAAUUUUUACGACUUUUUCCCCAGAUAUUACGACUUUUUUGUUUUUGUCCAAUUUUUGGACAUCCCAUAAUUGGUGUUUUUCUGUCAUUUCUGGACAAACUAUACAACUAAUAUGUAUAAACGUACUAUAAUAAAGUCAUUUUCUGCAUUUUUAGGCAUUUUAAAAUUUCAAGAAUUUUAACAAAAAACAACAUGUUAUAAGUAUGACCUUUUUUGUUUUGGUCCAAUUUUUGGACAUCCCAUAAUAUGGUGUUUUUGUGCCAUUUCUAGACAAACUAUGUUCUAAUAUGUAUCAACAAACAAUAAUAAAGGCAUUUUCAGCAUUUUUAGGCAUUUUAAAAUUUCAAGAAUUUUAACAAAAACCGACAAUUUCGUCCAAUUUUGGAUCUCUCAAAAUAUAGUGAUAUUUUGUUAUUUCUGGAAAAGCCACCCUACUACAGGUAUCAACAGGCUAUAAUCAAGUCAUUUUUAGCAUUUUCAGGCAUUUUAAAAUUUGAUCAUUUUUGAAAAAAAACGACAUGCUAUAGUAUGACUUUCUUGUCAAAUUUUGGACAUCUCAAAAUAUGUUUUUUUGUGUCAUUUCUGGACGAACUAUGCUCUAAUGAGUAUCAACAGACUAUAAUAACGUCAUUUUUAGGACUAUAGUAUGACUUUUUCGUCCAAUUUUUGGACAUCAAUAUGGUGUUUUUAUGGGAUUAUUAUUAUUUAUUGCAGGACAAACUAUAAUAUAUAUCAACGGACUAUAAUACAGUAAUUUUUGCAUUUUCAGGCAUUUUAAAAUUUCGCCAAUUUUGACAAAAAGCGACAUACUAUAGUAUGAGUUUUUUGUCCAAUUUUUGGACAUCUUACAAUUGGUGUUUUUAUGUCAUUUCUGGAUAAGUCUCCUACAGGUAUCAACAGGCUAUAAUAACUUUUGAGAGUAUCGGGACAUUUAAAAAUGUAAUCACUUUUUCCACCAAAAAUUUCAACAUGCUAGAGUACGACUUUUUUCAUGACAUCUCAAAAUGUGGGUUUACUUUGUUCUCUAUACAUUUUUGGAAAAACGACACUACGACCAAAUUUUGAUAUUUUUCGACAGACUAUAUAAUGACUUUUUUCCUCGACUUUUGGACAUUCUGUACUUAAUUAUUGCUGUUUUUAUUGUAUUUUUGAGCUCAUUAUACUAUCACUUUGAUCAAUGUCCUUAAGCAUUUUUGGACAAAUAACACUAUGACUAUGAAAAAUAAAAUAUUUUCCGAAAUAA